AUCUCAACACACUUCGUUUAAAUUCAAGAUACAAUGCCUGGCGAUGUUCAACUCGUACUCCCGCGCCGCGAUCCGACAAUUGAAUGAUGGUAUCAACGGAGGAGAGCUGUGCGUGCCAUGCCAGAUAGCUCUAGAAGAAGACGAGCGUGCAGGCUUCGCUAGCAUUGGUACUUCAGCCUGGUUGAACAACGGCUUCAGAGAAUACGAAGAAUAUCAGCACCUGACCGAGCCUGUUCUCUAUUGCGAUUGUUGCCGUCAUGUUCUUCGCGCCCGAGAGUUCCAGAGACGACAAGGUAGAGAUCAAAGUUCAUUGGCUGAGGCGCAGAAGUAUCCUGGGGAUUUCAACGGGCUGACAACGUGUGUGUUCCUACAUGAUGACGAUCUGGAUCUGAAGGCGUGUGAGGCGGCAUUGAACGACUUCAAGGUCCAGAAAUCAGAGUAUAGUCGAACAGUGAGACAUCACUGGGCAGAUGUGGGGUUGAUCAAGAGUUGGCUUGAUGACUGCGAAAAGGACCACGGCAAUACCUGCAAUGAACACCAAACAUCAGUUACUGAUAAUGGGUCGCUUCUGCUUCUGGAUGUCAUCGAUGAUUGUCUCGCGGUUGGAAACUUCAAGGAUCGGUAUUUCGCCCUGAGUUAUGUCUGGGGUGCCUCGAAACAGUUCUUGACCUUGGUCAAAAACUACGACCACUUGCGCGAGCCCGGAACACUUUCGAAGCAGCCGUUGACCCAGACGAUCAGGGACUCAAUGACUUUCGUCAAGAAUCUGGGGGAGCGAUACUUGUGGGUUGAUACAAUGUGCAUAAUCCAAGACGAUGCUGCCAACAAAGCGAGCGCACUCGCCCAGAUUUGCGCAAUCUACAGCUGCGCUAUGGCCACGGUAGUGGCUCUAAGCGGAGACUCCGCCGAUGCCGGCCUACCUGGCAUUCCGCCUACGGCCCGCAACACCACCGCAACCUUUGUCGCUCCUGGACUACACAUGGUGGAGCGAUCGUCCUUGGAGAAUAUGUUGGCAAAUCAUACCUACGACGGUGUAGAUGUAGACUGUGUAUACAACACGCGCGCCUGGACAUUUCAAGAACGAUUACUGUCGAAUCGGAGCAUUUACUUCCUUGACGAGCAGGUUUACUUCCACUGCAAAAAGCAACUCCUGUGCGAAGACAGGUAUAUUAGCGAUGACACUGGCUUCUAUACCCUGGACAAAAUGCGCACGACAAGCGCAGAACUGAAGUCGAAGACUACUCGAGCGGGCAGUUAUAGUCCACUGGACGAGUUUCGUUGGUACGAAGAAAUCGUCGCAGAAUACACGGCAAAGAAAAUGGGGUACCCAGACGAUAUCCUCAAUGCCUUCACUGGCAUUCAGACUAUGCUGACUCAAAUGUUCGAUUGGCCUUUUGUCGGCGGCCUUCCGAAUUCCCUUCUGGAUCUUGCAUUACUUUGGACUCCUGUUACCACUAUCGAGCGGAGAAUGACUGCAUCGCAACAACCAAGCUGGAGUUGGUCGGGCUGGAUCGGGCGAGCGCGAUACACAGACCUGGUGCGCCCAGGGCAUAGGCCAAUAAGCUCGUUGUUCAAAUCAGUCGCAACAUAUCACCUCGACACACCAGACACGAUGGUUUUCUCCACCAUGAGCGUGCCUUUCAAAGCAUUCGAACUCAUCAAGAUACCUAAAGGACUGUUUGACCCGUUCCGGAGUAGUCCUAGCCCCAUCACCGAAGACUCCUACUACCUCUUCGACCGGAAUAAGCGGCGCUGCGGCUUGCUCGUAGGUCUUCUACAAGAGCACGCGGUUUCCAUCACCAGUGAAGACCUGAAGCUCUUUGCGCUGUCGGCGUGGAAGUCGAAUAAUAGCCUCACUAAGAACGGGCCGGUCAUCUCUUGUCUCUCAGAGAAUGGUUAUUUCUCAGACGAAGAGGUCUACGAUCAAGCUUUCCGUGACACGGAAUGGUGUACUUACAACGUUAUGCUCGUUCGAUCGGUGGGCGACGCGUAUGAGAGGAUUGCAGUGGGCCAGAUGCAUGUAGACGCAUGGUACGAAGCAGGUGAGACACCGGGACAGUUUGCCGUGCGGUAAUUGGGUACCAAAGUAGUUACAACAUCAUACCAGUGUAACAUACUGCUCAUUCACUCUACAUUUCCAGUC